AAUUAAUUGCUAUAGAAAGUCAAUUGAAUUGAUCUAUGGAUGUUUUUGAUAGCAAACGCCAAGAUGACUAAGUAUUUUUUACCUUUUUAGCUUAGUCCCGCUUUAGGGUCCAGUAGUCUAAGUCAGCUACAGCGUAAGUUACAAGCACACAGCGCGGGCCGGAGCUGCCCCAAGGAAAAAGUCGGGCGGAAAAUCCCAACGUUGAAUUUUUGAGUGACUUUUGACUUUCCGUUCCGGAGCUCUCCAUUUCAAACAAUUUCCCAAUUUCCAAUUCCUAAAUUCAAACAGCAGCUGAGAGAGUUGAAGCUUCAACCAUAAUAUCUCGCUCUAUUAUCUUCUCUCUCUCCCUCACUUCCCUAACUAGGAUCCUCCUCUAUCAACGGCAUCGGAUCACCAUGUUCUCGCGUGCUCUGCGAGUUCCCAGAGCAGCGGCUCCUUUGGCGCGAGCCAGAGCUGCCAGACCUGUCGUCGUCGCACCUUUUCGUUCCGUUACCACAAACGCUGCUACCUCGCAUGCUGAUAAGAACGCCGUUCCCGAUGCCGACGACAAGCACUUCCAGGUCACCCUGAGUGACGAGAGCUUCGAGACCUACGAGCUCGACCCGCCCCCGUACACCCUCGACGUUACCAAGAAGGAGCUCCGACAGAUGUACUACGACAUGGUUCUUGUCCGACAGAUGGAAAUGGCCGCCGAUAGAUUGUACAAGGAGAAGAAGAUCCGGGGUUUCUGCCACUUGUCCACCGGUCAAGAGGCCGUCGCUAUCGGUAUCGAGCACGCAUUGACCAAGGAGGAUGACAUUAUCACCGCCUACCGAUGCCACGGUUUCGCCCUGAUGCGCGGAGGUACCGUCCGAUCUAUCAUAGGCGAGCUCCUAGGCCGACGUGAGGGUAUCGCUUACGGCAAGGGCGGUUCCAUGCACAUGUUCACCAAGGGCUUCUACGGCGGUAACGGUAUCGUCGGUGCUCAGGUCCCCGUCGGUGCCGGUUUGGCUUUCGCUCACAAGUACACCAACAAGCCGAGAGCUACUGUCAUCCUGUACGGUGAUGGCGCCAGCAACCAGGGUCAGGUCUUCGAGGCUUUCAACAUGGCUAAGCUCUGGAACCUACCUGCUCUAUUCGGCUGUGAAAACAACAAGUAUGGUAUGGGUACGGCUGCUGCUCGAUCGUCUGCUCUCACCGACUACUACAAGCGUGGUCAGUACAUCCCCGGUCUCAAGGUAAACGGAAUGGACGUGCUCGCGGUCAAGGCCGCCGUUCAGUACGGUAAGGAGUGGACCGUCGCCGGUAACGGACCUCUCGUCCUCGAAUACGUCACCUACAGAUACGGCGGUCACUCCAUGUCCGACCCAGGUACCACGUACCGAACCCGAGAGGAGAUCCAGCGCAUGCGUUCGACCAACGACCCGAUCGCCGGCCUCAAGCAGAAGAUCCUCGACUGGGAGGUGUGCACCGAGGACGAGCUGAAGUCGAUCGACAAGGAGGCCCGCAAACACGUCAACGACGAGGUCGCCAUCGCCGAGGCCAUGGCCGUCCCGGAGAACACACCCAAGAUCCUGUACGAGGAUAUCUACGUCAAGGGCACGGAGCCGCAGUUCAUGCGCGGCCGCACGCCGGACGAGAACUUCUACUUCAACGCUUAGAGAUCUGUCUACCUAUCUACCUACCUAGGUACCUUCCUAAGUAAGGCUAGGUAGCAACGAAACGAACGUUUAAUGUCUCUGAUCUGAUCUGACGACGAGAAACAAAAAACCCUGUAGAAUUAAAAAUAGAUGGGGCAGGCUGGGUUGGGGAGGGAAGGGAAGGGUCGGAGUAAUUUACAUGUUACUUACUACUACUACUACUUGCAUAUGUAGGUGCCUACUUAUCGUCACUUUGUUUCGAUUACGUCCGAUCGUCAACGCAUAGUAAACCAACCAACCAACCCCCUUUUUUGCCCUGUGUAUUUGUGUAACUAGUCUAGUCUGGUCUGGUCUGGCUUGAUGGCUUUGAGGGGAAUAGAAAGCGAUGAUACCAUGCUGGUUUGAGUUGAUGUGUGCUUGAUUUGGUGAUUUGGUGAAUUUGGGUUGUUUUGUGCGGCUAGGUGGGUUUGUGUUAGUUGGUUGCGUGCUGUGGGUAGGUGGAUAUUGUUUUACUUGUAUCAAUGGGUAUAUGAACGAAAUAGUAAGUCACG